GCAGGGGAGAGGCAGGGAGGGGAGAGGCAGGGAGGGGAGAGACAGGCAGGGGAGAGACAAUCACACCCACACCUGUCCGGCUUGGCCUCUCAGCACUGCUCAAGAUCAGAGGCAUGGCCACAGCUCCCACUCCUACCAGUGCCACUCUACUGGAGUCUUCAUCGCCUACUGGGAACCUCAGAGCCCUGACCACUUCCGACCCUCCGACCACUUCAGCACAAUGGGUUACCCCCGCAUUCAUUACCACAGACCCAGAAACUCCAGCACCUUCCUCCCAGGCAACUCCCACAGCUCUGACACUGGCCACUCCCACACUCAGGACUGCAACCACUCCCACAGCUCUGACACUGGCCACUCCCACACUCAGGACUGUAACCACUUCCACAGCUCUGACACUGGCCACUCCCACACUCAGGACUGUAACCACUCGCACAGCUCUGACACUGGCCACUCCCACACUCAGGACUGUAACCACUCCCACAGCUCUGACACUAGCCACUCCCACACUCAGGACUGUAACCACUCCCACAGCUCUGACACUGGCCACUCCCACACUCAGGACUGUAACCACUCCCACAGCUCUGACACUGGCCACUCCCACACUCAGGACUGUAACUACUCCCACAACUCCGACACUGGCCACUCCCACACUCAGGACUGUAACCACUCCCACAGCUCUGACACUGGCCACUCCCAUAACUCAAGCCACACCCCUAACUGUAAGCACUCCGACUUCCAUAGACCUGCGAAUAGAUGGAGAUAGAGAGGCAGUGCCAGGGGGAGGAGGCAGGAAGGCAGGGGGUGAAUCUGGAGACAGGACUGCUGAACAGAAGCCUUCAGGGUGCUGGUUUGAGGGCUUGGUGUUUGAAGAAGGCUCUGUGUUCUCUCCUGACUCAAGCUCCUGUCUGCUGUGCAGCUGUGAGGCUGGCAGGCUGGCCUGUCUCAGGGCUGUGUGUCCACUGCACCCCGACCUCACUGCUUUAGACGAGGGCCAGUGCUGCCCCACCUGCCCAGAAUGUCAGUUGACCUCUGACCCUAUUUGCAGAGCCAAUGGAAUGAGGUUCAGAAACGGGACGAUGUUUCGGAGAGAAGACUGCUCCGAGUGCACGUGCACAGCUGGAGAGCUGGUGUGUGAGCCGGUCCGCUGCCCUCCUCUGUCCUGCAGCCCCUCCCUGGCAGUCACUCCGAAGGGUCAGUGCUGUCCGCAGUGUCCAGGACCCCAGGGCUGUGUCCACAGGGGUCAGCUUCACCAGCAGGGGGCACUGUGGUGCGAUAGCUGUGCUGUGUGCGAGUGUGAGGGGUCAGAGGUCCGCUGUCAGCCCAACCCCUGCCCCCCACUCCAGACCUGCCUGGAGGAACAAGACCUGAUAGAAGCUGAGAGAGUGUGCUGCCAGCAGCGUGAGACGCAGCACUACACUGGGGUGGAUGUCUGUUGCCCCAGUGCCUCUCCAGAGAGUUAGACUUUACCACAGGGACGUGUCACCCAGCUGACCUCUUCAUGACCCCGACGUGACCCCUGCUGGACAGGUCAUUCUGCAACUUCCUGCUGCCUGCACCACCCCCUUCUGCAAGCCCCGCCCCGACAAAACAAAGCCCUCCAUCAUGAAGCCUCCGACACGCCCUCCGCUCACUAAUGUUCAGUGAUGGCUCUCAGCCUGGCAUUGCCAAGGGCUGCUCCUUCACAGUCUAUCCAAAUCCAGCCACACCGGUUCUGUUUGCCUGACGGAGCUGAAAGGUUCUGCUGUGCUUUGGACCGGUCCACUCAGCUCGGAGCUGCGCGCUCUAUUGAUCACAACCAGCCCCUCGGAGCUCUGUAUUUCUAGUUUUAUGGCAUUAAUAGUUUUAUUUUCUUCAUUUUCUUCAAGGAAUGAAAUGUGGUGCUAACUUUGCACUUGAGUAAAUGUGACCUGCUUGGAGAAAUGAUCCUUGAUUUGCUAAUGCGUUUGUGUGAAGGUUAUCUCCCCAAAUCACACACCUGAAUCUCAGCUACAGUCACAUCAGUACUCUGCAUGAAGCUCACACUCUGAACCAGCAAUGGAAGUCUGUACUUUACCUCACUGAUCAGCACGCUUGUUGUUCUCCAAUUACCUCAUUUGGAUUUUCUCUGACGGGAGAUUGAAAAAUAUAAGAAAAAUAUGCAGUGCUUUUUCUUAACUUUUAUUUAAAAUUAAAAACAGUGGUUUUAUACAUUUAUGUAACUUAAUAAAAGUUGUAUAUAUAAUUAAAAGAA